AUGGCUUCUUCCGAGAAAAAGGAAAAUUUGGUGUGGGACUCAGAAGAGUUCGCCAAAGUGUAUGGAUCAGCAGAGAAACUGACAGGGACAUUCGCGCAAAUGCUUGUCGAGGAAGCCAAAUUAAACCAAGUCUCCGACGCUGAGGAACUGGUCAUCCUCGACGAAGCCUGUGGGACCGGAAUCGUCUCGGUCAAACUGAUGGAGACGCUCAGCGACAAGGCGAAAGAGAAUCUCGACUUGACCUGCGCAGACUUCGCCGAUCCAAUGGUCGACUACGUCGGCAAACGCAUCCAAUCUGCGGGCUGGAAGAACGCCAAAGCCAUCCAGUCGGAUGGAUGCGACACCAAACUGCCCAGUUCACAGUACACGCACAUCUUCUUGAACUUUGGACCCAUGGUGUUCCCCGACCACAAAGCCGGCCUCAGCGAGAUCUCACGCAUGCUGCGGCCAGGCGGCAUCAUCGCCAUGUCCUCAUGGGAGAAAAUCGGCUGGUCCCCCGACGUACGCGCCGCAUUUGCCACUGACCCCGAGCUUCCGCCAAUGCCAUCUGACGAGGAGGUCGCCGCCCUCCUAUCCCCGGGCGGCAAAUGGAACGAGCCCGCCUGGGCCCGCGAUACCGUGACGCAAGCGGGUUUCGAAGACGUGCGCGUCCAAUCUGUGCCGCAUACCAGCCUCCUCGACGGCGUCACUGAGCUCAUGACCUUGGUCACCGGGGUUGUCGCCAUGCUGAUGUCCCGUAUCUGGUCUAAGGAGCAGCAGGAGAAAUACAACGAGCGCGCAAAAGUCGCGGUGGAGAAGUAUAUGGAGCAGAAAUAUAGGAAUUCGGAGAUCAAGUGGGAUUGGAUCGCAAUUUUGAUCACCGCGAAGAAACCCGCAUGA